AUGAUCCCCAGUGGAAACAGCUACACCGUCCUUCGUCUCCUGUUGUUCUCGGCUGUUGAUGUCGGUCUCCUCUCAACUCAACAGCCAUCCCUCUCUUCAAUCCCCAUCCUCCCCAUUCCCCACCCUUCACAAUUGCCAUCACUCCUCUCCUCCCUUCAACAACAGGCUCCAUCUCCCACUCCCGUACCCCCUCCAGCACCAGAUCCCACUCCAAUCCCCGCAGGUACCCAUCCCCACCACCAUCCACACAACUACAACCACCCAGGAGACAUCAACCCCAACACCUACAUCCCCAGCAGAGACACCCUCCUCCCCCUCUGCAUCGCCCCCUCCACCAACCAACGGCACUUUACCCCUCUCUCCCCUUAUUCCAUUUCAGUCCUCUCAGGUCCAAUCUUCGUCAACUUCCCCGGCCUGCGGGAUCUCCUGGAGCUAGUUGAGACCAAAGAAGGGAAAGAGCAGAUUAGGAACGCGAUGGCACAGGCUUCGGGUGAUGAUAGGGAGCUGGGAGAGCUGGGAAGAGUGGAGGCGGAGAGGUUUUUGGCUUUUUGGGAGCACGAGUUUGCUGUCUAA